ACCUUUUAACCUCUAUUAAACCUCUUACUCCAAUACCUAAAAGUACUACAAAAGCAAUGGAUAAGGAUCAAUUGAAAGUUUUUAUCGACUCUAUUAUUAAAGGAUUACAGAAUUUCACUAAGGAAUUGAAAAGCUCUUCAUCUGGAAGAAGUACAGGACAUGGAUCUGCACCUAAGGAAACUUUCACCCAAUCUGAAAAUGUUGACAAUGGUAUCACUAUGGCUAAACAAGUCAAAAGUGAUCAAUAUUAUGAAACUUAA